GGAGAGAGAAGAACCCAGUCUCCCAUGCAACCACCAUUUUCUGAGCAGGGCCCCGGACUGAGCACAUUCACACACAUUCACCCAGUCAAGUAGAAAGCUCUAAGGACACCUGCCGGCGGAUCUCUCCUCACCUGCCCGCCUAGCCACACCUGUUCUCGCUUUCAGGGGAAGGGGACAUAAUUGACGAUGACGCUAGCAAGUCUCUCUGUGUUCCUGCUCGCUACGUUCGCUGCGGCGGCGGGAGCGGCGAACACCUGCUCCCUGGACCCCAUCACCUGGUCCUGCCCCGCCCAGCCGCCGCUCCUCAGCCUCGCGUUUGCAGAGGUUACUAUCGAGGCAUGCGGCGAGAGCUACAACAAGGAACUCUUCGCGACGCUGGAAAACAUCAAGUACACCGGCACUUUGGACCAGGAUAAGACGUAUACGGCGGUCAUGGUGGAUCCCGACGCCCCUGGACACGACGGAGGAAAGGCUUGGCUGCAUUGGAUCCGCGCCGGGCUGACGAGUGCCGACCUCGCCGCUGGGACACUGACUACAGGACAAGACAUCGUUUCUUACCGACCUCCAACGCCACCGAAGAACACAGGCGUCCAUCGCUAUUUCGUCUUCGUGUUCGAGGAGACGCAGACGGGACCGCAGGAGGAGAUCGCGUCCAGGGGGAAGUUCGACCUGGCCGCCUACGCCACGAGCCAGAAACUGUGUGGACCGCUCGCAGCCAACAUGUUUCAGACGCAGCACUAACGCGGCUUCGUUCACGCGCUGACCGCCGGGAGACUUCAUUAACCACUACCAACCCCUCCUCCUCCUUCCCCCUCUGACGUGAAAGCAAUAAGGCAACACUUCAGUACGCUUCUGUAUCGGCUAUAUCACGCUUCUCAUUAUGAUUAUUAAGGCUGUUAUUGUUUUACGCGGUUUCUGAAGGAGUUUCCGUGUUAGUUUUAAGCUUCUUGGUGUCGGGUUAACUUUUUGUCUCUCUACCUCGAGGCAUUGUUCCGUAGUUGCCUUUCAGAUUAGCUUAUUCAAGACGGAUAUACUUAAGCAACAAUGUAUUCAAGUUUAUUUGCAGUAAUAUUAGCAAGGGCAGCGCGUGUUCUAGGUAAUAAGUUCUUUGUAUACUUUCCCUUGAGUUUGGUGCACUGUUUCCAGGUUGUGAUGCAGAAAUACUUCAGCAACAUUGUAUUCCUGUUCAUUUGCAUCGUUAUUAGCACCGGUAUCUCGUGUUCUAGUUCAUCUGUUCUUGGUAUACUUUCCCUUGAGUUUGGUGUAGUGUUCCCAGGUUGUGAUAUAUAAAGAUUCGGUUACCUAAUUACACGAGAACCAAGCGCCUGUGCAACGUUAUAGCUACUUAUUAUUUGGUGGUACUGAAGGUAAAUACAUAGUUUGCAUCCAC